ACCUCACACACUUGACAACACUCUUCAUUUCCGUUUCUCUCCUAUCCUCCUCUCAUCUAUAUAAAUUUCAUCUGUGCUUCUCGUGACUCUUGACUUACUUAAGAAACCCCUCCAACUUGCAAAUUGCAAUACAUUCAAUCCCAACAUGUCGAAAGCUACCGCCCUUUUCGCAGUAGCCCUCCUCCUCUUCGUCUCUCUGACUCACGCCGCCAGGCCGGAGCCUUCCCUUCCUACCCACUCUCCUUCCAAAACCCAACCGGCGGGUCUUGAUUCAGUUGAAAGCUGUGACGGAGUUGGGGAGGAGGAGUGCGCGAUAAGGAGGGCUCUUGCCGAUGCUCAUACUGAUUAUAUCUAUACACAAGACAAGCAGCCAUGAAUUUUGUUCCCUCAUUGACUAUAUUUCUAUUCCAGCUUAUAAAUAAAGAAUUAUAACCUAAGAAUUCAAUUAAUAGGUGUCCUUUACCAUAUUCAUGCGUGAUUGAAUUUGCUUCCUAAGUUGUGCGUGUUCUUCUCGAAUAGAUUCCCGUGGAUUGUUUUUCUGCUUCUUUUUUUCCACCUAGAACGAGAAAAGCUGUUGCUUGUUGAUUUUACUUUUUACAACAACAAAAGUUGCCUGGAUGUU